ACAUUCGUGGACAGUACUGCCUGUGGGCGUCAAUCGCGUCAAAAGUAAUACGACAGUACGCCUGUUGACGUCGAAAUUUUUACUCACAUAAAAACAGUACGCUUGUAGACGUAUUAUUUUAGAGGCUUUCACAGGGAAGGGCAACAUGUACUGUCACCGCAGACAUUCUUUGGACUUUGUACUGUCACCACACAAUAUUUAAAAAAAUGUUCAAAGAAGGUACCUACACACACACAUUCCCAUUUUUUUGGUUCCCUUCUUACACACACUACGCCCAUAGCCGCCGUGUUUUCAUACAAACUGUCCAGUACUGCGCAGUUGCGGGGCGCCGACAGGUCGCUAUGUGUUUUCGCGCGCAAUCAUUAUUGCAAAAAUGGCAUUUCGCGAUUCAUACGAAAAAGAGCAAAAGCGGCUCCAGGAUCUAUUUGAUGCAGUGUCUUCUCCUGAAUCAUGUGAAGACCCCUUUGCUGAUGAUGGAGGCUUUGGAUCUGACGUAGACUAUGAACCAUCGGGUGAAGGAUGUUCGAGUUCCGAGGACGAAGCUCAGGCUUCACAAAUUAGACAAGUAAGACGUAACAGAGCAAGAGUGUCCUCUGGUGACUCUAAUUCCACCUCCUCUAGUGAUACAGAUGACUCUGAAGAACGUAACCAAAGGGAUAUAGUAACUUCUGACAUCCGCGUAAGUCAUGAACAUACUCAACUAUUACCAUCUGAUGUGCAUGUAAAUGAGAGUACUAAUUUACCAAACCCUGAUACUGCUACUUAUAGUCAAAGGUCCUCCGAUAUAACUGAACCUCUUACAGAAGAAUCGUGGUCUUCCACUAUUGCUGAUAUACCAGAUUUCAAUUUUGAUAGCUCUCAGUGUGGUAUUACCGUAAAUAUUGAUGGCAUUAGCCAAGUUCUUGAUUUUUUUCACCUUGUUUUUCCAUCAAGCUAUAUAGAAUACCUGGUAAACUGUACUAACAAUUAUGGAAAAACUUUAUGCAACAGUAAUAGGCCUCAUACUAGACACAGCCGCAAAAUUACGUAUCGUGAAGUUACACCUGAAGAAAUGUUGAAAUUUCUCGGACUUACACUCCUCAAAGGUCUCAUAAAAUGUCCUAAACAACGACACGUAUUUUCAUUAUCUGAUCCACUUUAUUAUUAUAUAUCAUAA